CAGUCAGUCAGUCAGUCAGUGCCGGCAUGGCGGUCUCCUCGUUCCGGCAGCGCACCGUGCUGGCCCCCAUGGUCCGGGUGGGCACGCUCCCCAUGCGGCUGCUGGCCCUGCAGUACGGCGCCGGCCUGGUGUACAGCGAGGAGCUGGUGGACCUCAAGCUGCUGCAGUGCCGGCGGGUGGAGAACCGGCUGCUGGGCACCGUGGACUUCGUGGCCCCCACGGAGCGGGUGGUGUUCCAGACCUGCCCCCAGGAGAGCGGCCGGGUGGUCUUCCAGAUGGGCACGGCGGACCCGGAGCGAGCCCUGACCGUGGCCAGACUGCUGGAGCACGACGUGGCGGCCAUCGACGUCAACAUGGGCUGCCCCAAGGACUACUCCACCAAGGGGGGCAUGGGGGCCGCCCUACUGGCCGACCCGGCCAAGAUCGAGCGGAUACUGACCGCCCUGGUAACCGGAAUCUCCAAACCCGUCACCUGCAAGAUUCGCAUCCUGCCCUCGCUCGAACAAACCCUCAGUCUGGCCAAAAUGAUCGAGCGAACCGGCGUGUCCGCCAUCGCCGUGCAUGGGAGGAAAAAGGAAGAGCGCCCGCAGCACCCCGUCCACUGCGACGUCAUUCGAGCCAUCGCAGAAGCCGUGUCUAUCCCUGUCAUCGCCAACGGAGGCUCGCAAGAAAUAAUCAAAGAAUUCGGGGACAUAGAGACAUUUCGGGCUGCUACCGGGGCUUCGUCAGUCAUGAUCGCACGAGCAGCAAUGUGGAACCCAUCCAUAUUCAGAGAAAAGGGGAUCCUGCCUCUGGAAGAAGUCAUCCGCGAUUACAUUAGGAUUGCCAUAAACUACGACAACCACUACACCAACACAAAGUAUUGCCUGUGUCAAAUGUUACGAGAGCAGCUUGAAACUCCGUUGGGGAAGAGACUUCAUGCAGCGCAGUCCACACAGGAAAUCUGUGACCUCUUUGACAUGAGUUCUUUCUAUAAAAGUGUAAUGGAUUCUAGGGAAUCCAGAAAAACUGUAUUAGACCUGGGAGAUUUAAAUAAUUCUAUUUGUGGGGACAAUGACGAUCCCAGCAUUACGUGUUUACCUGUUAAAUUUGACAAACGAGAGUACCCACCACAGAUCACACCCAAAAUGUUCCUUCUGGAGUGGUGUAGGAGGGAGAAUUUGCCGCAGCCUGUUUACCAAACUGUGCAACGACCCCUUGAUAAGUUUUUCCGUUCCGUUGUCACCGUGGAUGAAAAGAAAUAUCGCUCAACGCUAUGGGACAAAUCAAAAAAGCUUGCGGAGCAGGCUGCAGCCAUUGUGUGUCUCCGUGUUUUGGGAUUAAAAGAGGGCAAGCUGAGCGAGCCUGAGAGUGAUCUAGUUCGUAAAAGAAAACGGGAUUUACUUGGCAAAGUGGAAGACAAAGGGAGCUCCCCUUUGGAAGCACAGAAUAAGAGACUACACCAUAAUUGUGAAAAGCAUGAGAACUCAGAUGGCUUGCAUGAACUGUGAUGAGCAAUGCAUUUUCUACAAUCAUCUAGCUUGAAAGAUUGAUGGGUCUCUUGUCCUCCCGCCCCCUGUUAAUCCUCAGAAGCUAGGAUAGAGUGGGACGGGAUUGGGCACAGAGUAGAUGUACUAAGUAUUCAUGCCAUUACCCACUCUCCAUUUCACUCGCCAGUGAAAAACAUAGACUACCAGUUACUUAAGGAAAGGCAUAUUACUUUAAAAGAGCAAUCCAAACAUGUCUGCUGUUAUGCUGUACCCUAGUUAGCUGGUGCUGUCAGUGUAAUCUGUUAAAGGGACACUAUAGUCACCAGAACUACAGCUUAAUGUGAUUGUUCUGGUGUCUAUAGCCUGUCUCUGUAUGCCUUUUAAUGUAGACUGCAGUGCUUACAUUUCUGCUUAGGAACACCUCUGGAGGCCGUCAUUUAGAUGCCUACUAUAGGUGCCUCAUGGGUCAGUGCUGCACAUUCAGUGUCUCUACGCUCUGCAUGGAGGCGCUGAAUAGUCUUCAUAGAGAUUAAUUUAUUCAAUGCAUCUGUAUGAGGAGAUACUGAUUGGUGCAGCAAUUUGCAGUGCAUGUGCUUUAGCCUCCCAAUGCAUUGUUAUGGGAAAGCAUUGGAUUGGCUGAAAUAAUUUACUUUGAUCUCAGCCAUUGAUGUGGGGCGAGCUGCAGCGAUACCCAUGUAACACUGGAAGAAACAUAAAUAGACUUACCUUUUACACUUCCCACAGGGGUGCUGGUGGCCUAGAUAUAGCUAUUAGAACUGUAGUGUCAGGAAUACACGUUUGUUAUAUUUUCCUUUAGGUCAUAUUUAGGAGGUUUGACAACUUACCUGGGUCCCCAGCGCGUCAGUCUCCCAUCUGUAAUGUAAUCCUGCAGAUCCAGAUAAAUUACACUUGAAUGCGCCAGGGCACUCCUAUUAUAACCAGUACAGCAGGCUGUAGUGGUGAUGGUGCUUGGAUUGUUCCUUUAAAUAUAUUCAGUUAUGCGUUUUGUUGCUAUGGUACUCUGUGGUAUUUACAUGUUUUCACAAAUCAGGACACACAUUCCAUGAAAAACACGCAUGCAUCUACCAAGUUAUGGUGUCUGUUUUUGCCAUAAAUUUGAUUCUGAAACAUGGGUGUAGAACGUCCAGUAAUAUGAUCUAGAGAAUGCUCUGAUUUGUGGCUAAGACAAAGAUACUCAGCUGUUUUAAAGCUAUAACUCCCAAGAUGCAUCGCCAUCCGUACAGUUAGUAAAGCAACAUGGGUGAUGUUCUGCAGCAGCUUAGGAUCUGCCUGUUGGCUACCCCUGCAAUAAGAUAACCGAAGCACAAACGCAGGGCAGCUGUAGAGCUUCUCAUCCUUGUGAAUGAUCAAUCCGCCAAGUCAGUAGUGUGCUGUAAAGCAAACCGCAGCGUUUUUUCCCAGCUCGCCAGCACCUAACUGGCAACACAAUAACUGGGCAAGCUGAGCCGUUUCAGAAGAUUCCUUUCUCCAAUAUUUUGCAGUAUGCUGCUCACUGGUAUAAUGACCUACAGAACUUCCAAAAUCCCUUUUGCAUUUGCUUUGUUGUGGGUGACCUGCUACUGUUUCAACAUUGCACUAACGUAAUUUAUUUUUUCAAAGUUUGUGCCUUUACAUUUUACAAAUGUAAUUUUACAUUUAAUACAUGGCUUUCAGCUUGUGCCUUUCGCUGUUUUAAUUUCACAAAUUAUAUUAAAUGUAUGUUAUU